GGCUUUGGUCUGGGUGCUGCAAUCGGCAUGUUCAUGUCCAGUGUUGACUGGAAUAUUAACAAUGAAGAAUUUACUAAACUUUCCACAAGAGAGCAGAUGCGGUUAACGGCAAAAGACAUGUUUGCUAAAUCCUAUUCCAGCGCCAAGGGUUUUGCUGUUAUUGGUGCAGUCUUUGCCUCAUCUGAAUGUGUCAUUGAAUCUUUUCGUGCCAAACACGAUAUUUAUAACAAUAUCAUGUCUGGAUGUUUUGCAGGAGCAGUCAUGGCAGCAAAAUCUGGUCCCCAAUCUAUGGCUUUAGGAUGUGCUGGAUUUGCUGCAUUUUCAGGUGCAAUCGAGCUCUGGAUG